CAUCGUCUGCAUCGUCUACCAAAAAGCGCUUAGUUGCCAACGCUAUCACGUUGUAGACAUAAUAGAGCCGACCUUAGCAUUGCUAUUGCAUAUGCUGAUUAUUUGUAAGAUUUUUUCCAGGUCAUGGGUGUACUAUCACGGAGAGGAGCUGAGUUAGGUGCAGAAGGUAUUCACCACCCUGGGAACGAGAGCGUUGACUUUGAGAGUUACUCCUCUAUAGAGGUGAGGUCUGCCUCCGCCAGAAAGCCAUUAUGGCCAUUGUUUGAAUAUAAAGCCGUGUUAGACUUCUUAGAAUCUCCAUUUGAAGAAAAAAAUGUCGCUGGGACAACAGCCGUUCUUCCCCAAAGGAGGGAAUUCAAUCAACAGUUUACGGCCUUUUGGACCAGGAAGAGGUCCGAGCACUUUUCGAUCGCACUCUAUGCCGCCGCUGGCGAGUGCUUUCUUUCGGUGGUCUUACCGGCUGCUGCUGCACUCAUUUUUACCCAUCACAUUCCUUCAAGUGGUAGAAAAAGCGCCACCCCGAGCUCUAGUAUAGAAGAAGAUGCAACACAGGAAAGAAACGCGCACCUUCUCUUGUUUUUAGCUCUCGUUUCCUGGAGCUUGAAUACCGGUGGCUGCCUCCUCGAAGGCCUGGCUGCGCAUAGGCACGCGCAGCUCGAUCCAGGGUUUUCCGCUGGUUUCCUUUCGGUUAUCACGAGCUUUCCCGACAUUGGUGACACCGCGAAAGACUUGAUUUUGCAGGUGCGGGAUCGUGAUGAAAAUUUCAAAAAGGCGUACUCCAUUUUCCUCGGACUGGCGUACUGCUGUUCUGGGAUUUUCACCGGCUGUGUCGCUUUUCGCACGGGGAGCCGGUUUCACGCCGCUUUGCCACCCGCUUUUCCGCAACUCGCCUGUCACGGAAUACGUACUUCUGAAGAAGUGCUUUUUCAAACAGAUUUCUGUUUCCGUGCCUUCGUAGAUCGUAAUCUAAGACUGAUGAUAUUGAUCAACAAUGCGGCUGUAAUUCCAGUGAUGUGGCAUUCGUUCCCAACUUUGAUGAGUACGUAUGUAUUCGUUGCUGAUCUUGUUGCGUCUCUUGCUUCUACAUCAUCCUGAAAAAACUAGAUGACCGGUGUCCGCCACCAUUGUUAUCUCGAGAUAUCGCAUUCUGCAUUCCAGUUUCUUUUCCCACUAUCUUUGAGAAAAAGUAGUGGCUUUGUGUAUGAUUCAUGACAGUGACUGCCACGUUGGUUAUCAUCCUGUAUCGUUGGGCGCGCGGCGAUUUGGGCCGAGGAGUGCUCUUUGAUCUCGCUCGAGGUGACUUGCAGUGGCCAGCGGGUGCGGUUAGCGGGCUUUUUUUUGGGUGUUUCCUCAGUGCAGUCGGCGCAUGCGUGGGAACUCUGAUCGUAGAGAUCUUUCGGCGCUUUGGGCUGAGUCGGCAGAUGAGCAGGGUGAAUACAGAUAUCUCUGCUGGUAGUGGAAAUUGCUUUAUCACCGAAGAGGACCCCUCAUUGUGUGGGGGCGGGGAUGUUGAAAGUCGGGGGUUUGGCAUAUGUGAUGCCUCUGAACUUCGAGACCGAGUCGAUAGUCGCAUUCGCGAACCGGGGCGGUCGAGGUGUCAAAGACUUGGAAUGAUGCUGAUUCCAAAAACGGCCGAAGAAGGCGAGAUUUGUGGGCGCGCGGUGAACAAUUUGAUCGCUUGUAUUCUUUGCAUCCUAAUUCGCACCUGUGUGCUUUUUUUCCCCGCACUAGCGACGAAUUUCGUGUUAUACAAAAUGGCCGGAUCCUUCUGCGGUGCGUUGUCCUCGAUGAGUGGCACGAUUGCAGACAUCGCUGCGCGGCUUCCUCCGAGUCUUGACCGCCAACGGGAGCGCAGAACCAAUAUUGUCAAUGUUGGUGUCCACUUUCUCAUUCUCGUUGUGUUCAUGCUGUUGGUGCUCCACCUAGCAACGAUCGAGCCGAUUUUGCUCUCCAUGCGAGGCAGCAAAUCGAUUCUCCAGGAAGGAAAAACGAUUGAGCGUGCAAAGGGUUUCGGGAACUUUGUGGAUGACGAAACGUUCUAACAGACUGGCGCAACCAUGCUCAUACGACUGUGCCAACAUGAUUUUAUUGUGGGCAGCCGCUAAUUACAAAAGCGGGAAUCCUGCAGAAAUUUAAGUUUCAGCAUUAUACCUAGUAAUUUUGCAUGUUGCUGUCAAACGCUUGACAAUUGCAUAGAGGCGUGUCACGAUUGGCAAUCACGAUGAAAUCCUCCAACCAGCACUGGAGGUUGGUUUACGGGGCCCGCAGAG